CCGCUUACAAUCGCCUAUACUAUAACUAUUUACAAGUCGCAAGGCAUAAUAUUAGACAAGGGUGUAUUAGACAUUUCUAAGAAGGACUUUAUACCUGCUCUAACCUACGUAGUAUACUCUCGCUUCUGCAAACUCGACGAUAUCCUCUUCGAUAAACCCUUUAACUACGAUCGCUUUAAGGGCAAGCCGUAUAAGUCUUAUAUCGACCGAUAUACUAAUUAUAUACGCCGUAAGAAGUAG